UCUCACGCCUGCCCAGGCGGAAGGAGCCACCACGGGUUCACUGCUUCGGCGUGUCCCGCAGGCCACCCCCUCCGCUAGUGCCUCUCGCUGAGUCUGUUCCCUUCCCUUCAGGUCCCCUCGCUGCGUUCCUUCCAUUGCCGUCGAGAUGAUGUGCGGGGCGCCCACCAGCACACAGCCCGCCACGGACGAGAUCCAGCAUAUUGCUGACCAGGUGAAGUCCCAGCUUGAAAAGAAGGAAAAUAAGACGUUCCCUGUCUUUAAGGCGAUGUCCUUCAAGAGCCAGUUGGUCGCGGGAACCAACUAUUUCAUCAAGGUUCACGUUGGUGGUGAUGUUUACAUUCACCUGAGAGUAUUUCGAAGUCUGCCUCAUGAAAACCAGGCCUUGACAUUAUCUGACUACCAGACCAACAAAGCCCAGCAUGAUGAGCUGAGCUAUUUCUGAUUCCUAUUUUGAAUAAGGCCUUUCCUUCAUCCUUGACUGAUACUUUGAGGAUCCUUUGUCCUCCCUGGACACGCAUGUGGGUCGUCACAUGAACUUUCUGCUGCACUGCUCAGGAUGAAGGGGCAGGACUCAACGGCUUCUCUCACACCUUUCUUCUUCAAUUUCCUGCACUGUUUUUUUUUUUUUCCGAGUCAAUUUUCUUAAUGCCACGAUUUCCCAGAGUGCUGUAUUUUCUCUUUAAAUAUAUACAUCGUUAAGUCUGUA